GUGAAUGACGACACAAAAAGGAGAGUUGGUUCUAUCAGUAGUUUAUAGUUAGAAAGUGAAAGCGAGGUAAAUAUGGAUAUUUCAUGUAGUUUUCAAAUCCGUGGCAGUGAAGGUACUAGUUAUAGAGCAUUAAAGCAGCUAACUGUGCGCUCAAGGUAUGAUUACAAAUUGUUUGGCAACACAAGGCUCGUGUUUGUUGGGCCUAGAAAGAAGUUAAAGAAAUUGAUUUUGUCUAGUCAUAGUGGAGGUGAGUUGAAAAGUUGUUUGUGGAGUUAUAGUAAACCGAAAUCCACUCUCUGUAUACUUAAGACAUCAAGAGGAGUUAAAGUAGCAUGUCAAGGAAAUGAUUCAAUUGCAUAUAUAGAUGGGACGGAGAGGGAUGUUGAUUUUAUUGAGAGUAGUAGUGAAGAGAACCCAACAGGGGACACUAAUUUUGGUCCAGAAAAGUUAAAUGACGAGGGGGAAGAUGAGGAAACAGAGAACCCAAGUGUAGAUGAAUUAAAGAAAGUGUUGCAGAAGGCACUUAAGGAAUUGGAGAUUGCUCAACUUAACAGUACCAUGUUUGAAGAAAAGGCUCAAAGGGUAUCAGAAGCAGCAAUAGCACUAAAAGAUGAAGCUUCAAGUGUUCAAGAUAGUGUCAAUUCAACUUUGCUUUUGAUUGAAGAGAUUACAAAUGAAGAGGUUGCUGCUAAUGAAGCUGUUCAGAGAGCUGCAAUGGCACUAUCAUUAUCUGAGGCUAGGCUUACAUUGGCUCUUGAUUCGCUAGAAGUUGCUAAAGAAAGAACAAGUAUGGAAAAUGAAAGUGAAGAAAAAAAUUUAAAUCCAUUGAGAGAAGAAGAGGAAGCUGUCUUUAUCGCUCAGGAAGAUAUAAGAGAGUGUCUUUUGACUUUGGCUAAUUGUCAAGGAACAUUGACUCAGUUGCAGAAUAGGAAAGAUGGGUUGGAAAGAGAAGUGGAAACGCUUAAAGAUCUUGCAAAGAAAGCAGAGAUGGAAGCUUUGAGAGCUGAAGAGGAUGUGGCAAAUAUAAUGCUUUUAGCCGAGGAAGCUGUUGCUUUUGAACUGGAGGCUACGAAACGUGUUAAUGAUGCUGAAAUUGCAUUGCAGAAAGCUGAGAAAUUGCUUCCCAUCUCCCCUGUGGAUACCUCUGAAAGUUUAAAUGAGGAUUCAAUGGGUGAGGAUGAUAAGGGCAUUCAAGGAAAUUCUGUGGAGAUAAUUGUUGAUGGAUCUAUUGAGGGUUCUUCCACCACUGAAGAUGUAAUAGAUAGCCAAAUGUUUGAAGAGUCGAGAUUUUCUGAUGACAGUGAACAAGAGAAUGGGAAACCAAGUUUACCAUCUAAAGAGGUGGAAUAUGAUGCAGAAAAGACGAAAAGUCAAACAAAAAAGCCAGAAACGCAGAAGGAUUUGACCAAAGACACUUCACCAUUAAAUUCUUCUAAAACAUUGUUGAAGAAGUCCUCCCGUUUCUUUUCAGCAUCGUUUUUCUCUUCUGCAGAGGAUGAUACCGAGUUUACUCCUACUUCAUUUUUUCAAUGGCUAAUCGAUUCCACAAGAUCACAAAUACCUAAACUUGUGCUUGGCUCUAUGCUUCUUGCGGCAGGUUUUGCUUUUUAUGCUAAACGGGAAGAAAGGAUCCAUCAACUAUUUCAACAACCUGACAUUAUCACCACAAGUAUUGAUGAAGUUUCAUCAAAUGCUAAGCCAUUGGUCAAACAAAUAAGGAAAUUACCAAUGAGAGUCAAAAAGCUUAUUGCAAUGCUUCCUCAUCAAGAGAUGAAUGAAGAAGAAGCUUCCCUGUUGGACAUUCUAUGGUUAUUACUUGCCAGUGUUAUCUUUGUUCCUAUAUUCCAGAAACUUCCUGGAGGCAGUCCUGUUCUUGGGUAUCUGACUGCUGGCAUCUUGAUUGGACCAUAUGGUCUUUCAAUUAUACGCAAUGUACAUGCUACAAAAGCAAUAGCUGAAUUUGGAGUUGUUUUCUUGCUUUUCAAUAUUGGCCUCGAGCUUUCUGUUGAAAGGCUGAGUUCCAUGAAGAAAUAUGUUUUUGGAUUAGGUUCUGCUCAGGUCUUGGCGACAGCUGUUGUUGUUGGAAUGGUUGCCCAUUUUGUUUGUGGACAGCUAGGGCCUGCUGCAAUUGUCAUUGGUAAUGGCCUGGCACUAUCUUCCACUGCUGUUGUCCUCCAGGUAUUGCAGGAACGAGGUGAGAGCACAUCACGUCAUGGACGAGCUACAUUCUCUGUUUUACUUUUUCAGGACUUGGCUGUUGUUGUUUUGCUGAUUCUCAUACCUCUUAUUUCACCAAAUUCAUCAAAAGGAGGGAUUGGCUUCCAAGCAAUUGCUGAAGCUCUUGGAUUGGCUGCUGUGAAGGCACUUGUUGCUAUUAGCGCCAUUAUUGCUGGAGGACGCUUGUUACUUCGGCCAAUUUACAAGCAAAUUGCCGAGAUGCAGAAUGCAGAAAUAUUCUCUGCAAAUACUCUCCUGGUUAUCCUGGGAACUAGUCUCCUUACUGCGAGGGCUGGGCUUUCCAUGGCACUAGGAGCAUUUUUGGCUGGUUUGCUACUUGCAGAAACUGAAUUCUCUUUGCAAGUUGAAUCAGAUAUUGCUCCAUAUCGUGGCCUUCUAUUAGGCCUCUUCUUCAUGACGGUUGGAAUGUCAAUUGAUCCAAAACUUCUAGUUUCAAACUUUCCUGUUAUUAUGGGGACUUUAGGGCUUCUGCUUGUUGGGAAGACCAUACUUGUGGCUGUAGUUGGUAGGCUUUUUGGUGUCUCAUUGAUAUCUGCAAUCAGAGUUGGUCUUCUACUUGCACCUGGUGGAGAAUUUGCAUUUGUGGCCUUUGGUGAAGCUGUCAAUCAGGGUAUAAUGACUUCUCAGCUGUCUUCUUUGCUAUUUCUUGUGGUGGGGAUUUCAAUGGCUAUCACACCAUGGUUAGCUGCUGGAGGGCAGUUAAUAGCAUCUCGCUUCGAACAGCAAGAUGUUCGUAGUCUAUUACCUGUAGAAAGUGAGACGGAUGAUUUGCAGGAUCAUAUCAUUAUAUGUGGUUUUGGACGUGUAGGCCAGAUCAUUGCCCAGCUGCUUUCUGAAAGACUUAUUCCAUUUGUUGCUCUUGACGUGAGGAGUGAUCGAGUAGCAGUGGGACGCGCACUUGACCUUCCUGUAUACUUUGGUGAUGCUGGUAGUCGAGAGGUUCUUCAUAAAAUUGGGGCAGAAAGGGCCUGUGCUGCAGCAAUAACUUUGGAUACACCUGGUGCAAAUUAUAGAACUGUUUGGGCUCUCAGCAAAUACUUCCCCAAUGUGAAGACUUUUGUACGUGCUCAUGAUGUUGAUCAUGGACUCAAUUUGGAGAAAGCUGGAGCAACAGCGGUUGUGCCAGAGACUUUAGAGCCAAGUUUACAGCUAGCAGCUGCUGUUCUUGCACAAGCUAAAUUACCAAUGUCCGAAAUAGCUGCCACAAUCAAUGAGUUUAGAACACGUCACCUCUCAGAACUAACCGAGCUAUGUGAAACUAGUGGAAACUCUCUUGGAUACGGGUUUUCUCGUGUUGUUAUAAAACCUAAAUCCCAAACUUCAGAUUUUAUCGAUGAUAGCCAAGUCAAUGAAGGAACACUCGCAGCAUAAAUAAAGAAAAGAAAAAAAAAACUGAAAUUUCUAGAUGUUUAUAGUAAAUUUCGCCCCUUAAAUACAAACUGUACAGGUAAAGAUUUUCUAUUCUCACCAUCUACCCAUAUUUUUAGGGUUAUUUUGGACUGUGACUUGAUUUUGUGGGGGCCAAACUUGAUAAUAGUUGAAUGACGAAAUUUUGGAUUUGCUGAUAUGUUUUAAUUUGUUGAAGACUUUUGAAUUUGGUAAUAUUCAAAAUACGUGGUCAAUGGUUUAUAAUGUGAUAUUAUGAUCAAACACUUGGAUAACUGAUGUAAUUUUAUGAGAUAUAGAUUAUAAAAACAAUGGC